AGAGAGAGCGAGAGCUGGCUGAAAAAGUACGGGUUGAGAUCAGAGUGUGUGUGCAUGUGUUUGGAUGUGUGCAAGUGUGCGUUGACGUGCGUGUGUGUGUACGUGUGCAAGAAAAGCGUUUCGGGGUGGGGGGUGGGGGGGGACAAGGUGUAGACAACAGAACAGAGGACAGUUUUCGGGGUGAAGCAAUUUGAGUGGAGAUCCAGACGAAGACAGUCGAAGCGCCGGGUGCAGCUUCGUCGCGCGUCCUGGACACGGUUCUCUGCUGCCUGCUGCUCUUUGAUUACAGUUCCAUCUAAAGGGCUCUUCCACUCUUCUCUCUUUUUGCUCCCCCCAUCGGUCUGCAGGUGGGUGCUGGUGAGACCAGUGGGGGACAUUCCCUAUAGAGGGAACCCUGGAGGAACACCAUGGCCUUAGCAGGAUGCCCUGAUUACUUUUUACGACACUCAAACUACCAGGAAAGCAUGGACCACACUCCUUCACGCAGGCCUGAGGAGCUGAUUGUUCCAAGUUUUCAGAACUCGGCCAAUCAAAAUUUGCCGCAUCAACAUGAUGACGACGUGGACCUGGAGCAGCUGGUGAAUGACAUGAACUCCUCCAUGGAGAGUGUUUACUCAACGCAGGCAGACACAGCACUGCUCCUGAAUAACGGUCACGUGCAUCACCACCAUCAACACAACCACCACGCGCACCCUGCUUACCUGGGACAUGGCAAGGCCCAGCGCCGUCACACUCCACCCCUGCCCCAUUCCUCUCCCUCGAAAGAGAGACUGCGGCACUCCCAACCCAUGCACAUUCAAGCAGUCAGGUGCCUGCAGGAAGAGCAUCAUCUGCGUCCAGCUUCUCUGCCGGCUAUCCCCAACCCUUUCCCUGAGCUCUGCAGUCCAGCAGGCUCCCCCGUCCUCAGCCCCAUACAGACCUCUGACAACUGCAUAGUGAAGGUGUGGAGUGAGGAUGGGGCCGGCAAAGUGGUGGAGAUCCCAGCAGACAUGACGGCGAGAGAUGUCUGUCAACUCCUGGUCUACAAGAGCCACUGUCUGGAUGACAACGCCUGGACACUAGUGGAGCACCACCCUGCUCUUGGCCUUGAGAGAUGUCUGGAGGACCAUGAGCUGGUGGUUCAGGUCCAAGCUUCCAUGAACAGCGACAGUAAAUUCCUCUUCAGGAAGAACUAUGCCAAAUAUGAAUUCUUCAGGAACCCCCUGAACUUCUUCCCAGAGCAGAUGGUGGCUUGGUGUCAGGAGUCUGAUGGCUCUAUCCCUCAGUCACAACUCUUACAGAACUUCUUGAACUCAAGCAGCUGUCCAGAGAUUCAGGGCUAUCUGUACUUGAAGGAGCCUGGGCGCAAAUCCUGGAAGAAGCUCUACAUGUUCCUGCGGCGCUCCGGGCUCUACUUGUCUACUAAAGGAACAUCGAAGGAACCCAGACACUUGCAGCUGCUGUCAGACCUGGAGGACAGUAAUAUCUUCACCAUUAUAACAGGAAGAAAACUCCACAAUGCUCCCACAGACUUCCAGUUCUGCAUCAAGCCCAGUAAAGUGACGAGUGACUGUAAGGAGCUAAAGAUGCUGUGUGCCGAGGAUGAACAGAGCAGGACCUGCUGGAUGACUGCCUUCAGACUACUCAAAUAUGGGAUAGUACUGUAUCAGAGCUACAACGUCCCUCAGCAGAGAAAGUCCAACCUUCCGCCUUUCACAGCACCUGUGAGGAGUGUGUCUGAGAACUCCCUUGUCGCCAUGGACUUCUCCGGAAGGACCGGCCGCGUCAUCGACAACCCUGUGGAGGCCCAGAGCGCUGCUGUUGAGGAGGGGCAGACCUGGAGGAAACGGAGCCAGCGUAUGAAUGUCCUGGGCAGUCCCAGCCCGUUGCACCCAUCCUCUCUGAGCACAGUGAUCCACAGGACACAGGUCUGGUUUCAUGGUCGCAUCAUGAGAGAGGAAGCCCACAAAAUGAUCAUACAACAAGGCCAAGUAGACGGGUUAUUUCUGUUGCGGGACAGUCAGAGUAAUCCAAAGGCAUUUGUGCUCACCUUGUGCCACCAUCAGAAGAUCAAGCACUUCCAGAUCCUACCGUGUGAGGAGGAUGGCCAAGUGUUCUUCAGCCUUGAUGAUGGCGCCACAAAGUUCACUGACCUGAUCCACCUGGUGGAGUUUUACCAGCUGAACAGAGGAGUGCUGCCCUGCAAGCUCAAACACCCCUGCACCGCUGUGGCCUUGUGAUACUCCACAACCCAGACACCUUUAUCCCCUUUUUGCACACCUCUCACUCAAGAGAUCCCAACCCUCAUCUGCCCCUCCUGAGGAGAUAGAGAAAAGUUAGGUCAAGUUUGGGAUAUUUGAACUACUCAGCAAGAACCAGCACUGGAAGUUUAAUUUCCCAGUGCACCCAGUUUUUUUUUUACAGCAUUAUUGCUGUUGGGAUGUUUAAAUGGGAAGUAUUUGGAUGGCUGAAGCAUUGCAGAUUGUGGACCCAGCAGUCGGCCAAACUCCUGCGUUGUCAAGGACACUUGGAUCGUGUCAUUGCCGUUUUGACCCCAAAAUCAGACUGUAUGUUGUGAAAACACAAGACAGAUAAGAUUUGUGAAGCAGGACUGCUGCUGGUCUCCCUUCCUCACAGUCCCUAACACUUCAAUCCCUUAAAUGCUCUCCUCCUCCAGGCCUGAUAAGCUGUGGUGCCCACUCCAUCCAUGCCGCUCUGUGGCUGAGAUGGAUGGCGGGCACCACCCUCUGACUUCCUCAUCGAUCAUCAGGGAUGGACGAGAACUUCUCUGGUUCUUAUCAAACCUGAUCCAGGGGUAUUCUCAACCUGUGCAGUCCAGUCUGGAUAAGCUGACACCCUGCCCCUUUCCCCAAGCCUUCCCAAGUGGACUUGAUGCUGCCACUCUGCUGUGUCCUGUCCCAUAAUCCCGCUUCGCCUCCCCCACAGAAGCUCAGAGAAAAGUCGGGAGAGAAAGAGAUGUAGCUAAUGGAAAAAUAUGCAGAGCAGCGGCGAGGGUUUGCUGAAAGGACAGAGGAAUGUUAACCAGGAGGGCUAUAACAAGCCUCUCUUGUAGAGCUGAUUACUUGAUGUCAUUUUAAUGCUGUUUUAUUACUGUUGAUUCAAUGCAGAACUAGUUUUGCACUUCUAAGCGGACAGACGACAGCUGUUCUCUCUAGCUAAAUGAAGCUGCCUGCUUUCUAUUUGUCCUUUUCCAACAACCCCAACGACCCCCUCCACUUCUGAAAAGCAUGCACGUGAAUUUCCUGGAGUUCUGAUUGGAUAACAGUGGCAACGGAGCAAAGAGAGCCACGACUGAUCAUGCAGUGCCUUUCAGACAGGUUUGGGAACAUCUUGGACCUCUGUGUGGCUUGAACCAACACAAUCAUGCUUGGGGAUAAAAUGAAUGUGCUCAUGAACUGCCUGCAGCAUGUGAGGACCAGGAGGAAGAGGAGGAUGUCUCCUUAAAAGUUUAUCAUCCCCAUGACUUCUACUAUUGUGUUUUUUUUCUAAACUGAAAGGGUUAAAUCUGCUGGUGAACUUGUCUUUGAAUGUCAUUUUCAUUUCCUAAGUCUGUUCUGAGCUCACUGCUUGCACAUUUUAUUGAUCUUGGUUUAAUACUGAUGGGUUGGAGCUGUCGUGUUCGGAUUCUGACCACUUUUUCCACGCAUCAGAAAAGACAAAUCAACAAAAGCACUCCUAUUAUGUUUUCUUUUGUUUUAAUAUGUAAAUGAACAAAUGACUUGAAAUGUGAACUCAGUUGACCAUGCAUCCACGCACAGUUGAUUGAGGUCAUGCGCCUUAAGUGAAAAUUGGGAGCCUUGUGUAAGAAAUCGAAGCUGUUUGAAAUGCACAUACAGUAACCCAUUCAAGAUUACAAGAGGGUGGGAUAACUUCAAACGUGUUUUGAGUAUGUUCAACUGAUAUUUUACACAUUUUCAAAAUUAUUUUAACUUCCUCUGAAGAGUUAGAUGGGAACAUUGAUACAGAUCUGUUGUAUUUAUGCUAAAUGCAACACCACAAUCAUCUAACAGUAGCUAUUAGCUUAACUGUGCAUGAAGAUUGAAAGCAGUGGGAAACAAAAUCUGCAUACCAGCACUUCUGAAGCUCGUCAUAACCACAAUCUAAGUUGGUGAAAAUGACUAUUUGUGGUUGGACCUUUUUGGAGGGGUGCAUUGACGUCUUAAGAUUAGCCAAAAAGGUGCUGACUGGACUUGAUUGUAGUUUUCUUUCUUACCUUUUUCUAGAGGUAUCAAACAUUUUGUUGAAUAAACUAAAGACAUAAAAGUGAUAUCAAUCUUCUCAUCAAACUGUUGACAUGACGGCAAAUAAGUACAUCCCCCAUCAUGUCAAUCUGUUUCUUAAAAUCCACUUUGAAACACUUCAGAAUAACUGGCACAGGUCAGCAGGGAACAGCGGGACAUGAUGUCAGUCAGUCACAAUCAAACAUACAGGACUCAUUUCUUUAAGUCUAUUGUACAACAGUCAUCCGAGUAGAUAUUCAAGCUUCUAGAGGUAAAGGAAACCAUGUCCACACCAACAGUGGCCUCAGUAGACCAGAAUGCUUUGCACAAGGCACACAUCAGUAAAAGACUGUACUGAUGUUUUGCCGUUAUUUCUAGGACUCAAUGAUUAAUUGAUUAGUCUAAACUAAAACAAUUUCCAGUGGUUUAGGCAGAGGUCCUUGUUCAGAGGCUACAGUCCCCUGACCCCAGGCUAUGACCCUUUGCUACGCGCCUUCCCCCACGCUCUGCUCCCCACAUUUCCCGUCUCUCCUCAGCUGUCCAAUCAAAUGAGCUCAAAAGAGAACUUGAAAAAUCUGCUUUCCCCUGUCUCAAAUUAAACUAAAUGGUUCUUUGGUUGUUUGGACAACAAAAGUCAGAUGAAUUGGUUAAGAAUUUCAAGAAAUUUGAAACAUUUAUUGUAAAAACAAUAAAUGUACCUUAAGAAAUCAGCAAAAUGAUCAACAACAAUCAGUUUCAGCCUUUUACUUUGGGCUAGAUGGCUGCAUUUCUGUGACUGUAGGCCUACAUAUCAUUAUAAGCAACAUGGUAGUGUCUAUUUCUAAUGGUUAUUUAAAUGCACUUUGGGAGAGAAAAUUCAAGCAGGCAUGAAAGAGUCUAUACCAAAAUGUGAACUCUGACUUGAUCACUCAUCACAUCAAACUCAACCAAGAAAUGAAAAUGUCCAACUGUAGUGCUUCCUUAAAAACAUCCCUGAACCCUGUUAAUAUCCUGUAAAGAGCGUGGAUCAUUACUGUAGCAAUACAUAAAAGGAAAUACUGGUUCUUCCCUGCCAUCUCCUCCUGUCAUGUGACCAAUCAGUGAACAAUGUGUGAUGAAACAGCUGCCUUAGCCCCACCCCAAACCCAAUCCUAACCUGCCCUCACCUGCACUUCCACCUUCAUCCUGUGCCAGAAUCCCAGUGGACCGGGUUAGCAGGAGGCCAUCAGACUCCCUGCCAGGCUGACUAAAUUCUCUCUAAGUACUGUCAUUGACCCUCAAGCCACUGCUGCCACCAAAUGACCAAAUCAUGUGCUCCACCAAUCAGAUCUUUCCAAUCAGCAAAGGCAGACUCACUCCAGGGACUGGAUUAUGCUUGAACCCCUGCCCUCCUUUUUCAUGUGUCCAGCCUGUAAGCUAUGACUCCAUGGUGAAUUUGUUUUUGUGGAUGGCCAGACUGUUAAAUUCAGGAUUGCCCGUUAUCAUAAUUUGCCUUCUCCGUAAAGUAAAAGGUCAGAAAAGUCAAGACAUGCUAAGUUGUGGAUUUUAAAGGAGACAGGACUUUAGCUGGAGGUUUCCCAGCAUCCCCUAUCUUUGUUGAGGUUCUUUCCUGUCUGUCAGAGAGGGACACGAGACCAUACUUUGGGUCAGUGGGUACAAACCACCACCCUCUCUUUCUCCCUCCAUUUUUAAUCACUGUGUUACAAUGCAAUCCUAUACACAAGUCCAUGUAUAUGAAUAUACCAGUAUACAGUAUCAUUUGUUUUCUAAGUAUGUGAAGCUAUGGAGAGGAUGUAGAUCUAACACUGUACCCAGGUCACAGAUCACUAUAUAUGGGGCGUUAUGCUUUUGCUCAUAACUCCGUGUAAAAAUGAAGAAUGAUUUAUUUUUUCUUUUUCAUUAUUUGAUUGUGUAUAUUGACAUUAUAGUGUAUUUGCUUUGGUUUGCCACAAAAUGACCUUUUAUAUAAAUAUAUAUAAAGAAUAUACCACAUUAUAUACAGUAUUAAAUUAAGCUGUUUUUUAUUUUUAAAAAAUCAAACUGGAUUUUUGGCUCAUGUCAAAUUUCAGAACAUCAGUUGUGUGUAUAAGCUGACAGGCUGACAGUCUUGAACUCUGCCAGUGUCCAAUUCUGAUGCCGUUUUGUUUUAAAGCCACAUCUUUUGAAUAUCCCCUCUCUUGCUUUCUUUCUGUCUGCCUGUUUUUCACGUUUGAUUCCACUCAUUUACUUUUGGUUUUCAGACAGUUUGAAUAUUAUCCUUACCCACACACAGCCACACAUACUAGAGUUUUUUCUUGAAGAGCACUCACACAACCAUUGCUUAAUCCUUGGGGAUAUUCAAAGCAGCUUUUGUACACCUUUCACCGCAAGUAGUGCAAUUAUAUGCUGUAGCUCAAAAGGGUUGUGCAUUUCAUUAUGACCAUUUACUCUGAUUUAAAGGUGCAUAUCAAAGUUUUUUUAAUUCAUUUUCUAUUCGCCUAUUCUUGCAGCAGGUGCCUCUUGUUUGUGAACAGUAUCGAGUCCUUAGUUGCCAUCCGUCCACUCACUGCAUUCAUGUACAGUUAUAGCCGUAACUGUGAAACAUAAUCCUACUGGAACUAAAUCUUGAUAUCAGGUAAACAUCAUGUACCCAUCGACAUUGAUGACUUACGGUGCAGGUACAGGUGUUCAGCAUUGUUGGGUUUUAUUAUGGUUAAAGUCGUCAUAAGCUGAAGAUAAAAAUCUUUUCAGGGAAAGACAAAAAGAGAAAAUGAACUUUAUUCAUUUUUCAGAUUGCCCCAUUGUGCUUUGCUUCAUUCUGUCUGCACGGCCCCUGGAUCUACAUUGUAUCCUGUUCAGGUAUUUUUGUACAAAUAAGGGACUGAUAUAUUCUCUGUUUAUUGGAAAUUAGAAUAAAAGACAACGUUGCUAUAAACCAAAAA